AUGGCUGCCGAAGGUUUAGAAAAGAUCACCGAAGUCCCAGUUGAAUUCUUCAAGGACGGUUCUGCAUUCGUCAAGAAGUGUCAGAAGCCUGACCAAAAGGAAUACUUCAAAAUCAUAAGAGCUGUCGGAAUCGGUUUCAUCAUGAUGGGUGUUGUUGGUUACGCCGUCAAGUUGAUUCACAUCCCAAUCAGAUAUUUGAUUGUUUAAAUUAAUAAUGUACAAGAUCAUGAUGCUCCGAGUACUGGUACACUCCGACAUCGCUGUUUAUUUCUCACACGAAACUGUUAUAGUAUUAAUGUAUAAUCAUGCUU